GAAAAACUACUUGCACUCUCAGAAAAUAAUCGAUUAGAAAAGAAUGCACGAUGAGAAGCAUAGAACAACCCUACACUUCCUCUUCUACUACAAUUAGUAUGUAGCUGCGUUUGCCUUCGUCGGCUGAGCGUUUUCGUACAAGUCAAUAUCAUUCAGAUCACAUCAUGAUAUGUACUUUUGUGGAAAAGCGAAAGAUCGGCUGUCCAAUUUUGUCAUAAUGUGUACUAGGCAGGGGCAGACUGACCAAUUGGAAACUCGGGCACUGCCCGAGGGCCCGGGGCCAGUAGGGGGCCCCAUGAGAUGCCCCUGGUACCUUUUUCAUAGGCUUUUUUGAGUUUGGGCAAGGACACAGGGGCCCCACGAUCCCCUAUUGCCCAGGG